AUGUCCAGACGGCCUGUGUUGGAAGAAAACGUCGAUGACAGCGAGUUAAAACGGUCGAGAUCGUUUUCCAAAUCGAUCAAGGGUCUUUUCAAAUCGACUUCUCCGCCAAGGAAAACGCCUGGAACACCCGAUGUUGGUGGAGCAAGUGCGAAAACAAAUGAUAGACUUAAGAAACUGGCGAAAAGUAAAGAAUUGGAGCUAGAAGGCAAGAGAAAAGACUCCGGUGCAGGAGUCCCUUUGGCAGUACCUUUGGCAGCACAGCGGCCACAAGUUGCUAACGGAACAAGAGGCACAAAAUCCCAAUCAUAUGUGACAGAUUUGGGUAAGCUUUCCUUGGGAAAACAGACUGGAACCGGGAAUACGUCCCAGGAAUCCGUGGUGAGCGAUGCUGAUUCCAGGGCAAAGGCCAAGUUGUCGUCCUCGAUGAAAGGCGACUCUGCUUCAUCAGAUGGGGAUCAAAUUGACUAUUUUCAGUCAAGGCCGGCCAGAAACGAAGCACACGAAGUCAGUCAUGAAGACUUCACGAUUGACAAUGAGCUGACGAAAGAUCCAGAAUCCGUAAGGCGUGUUAAAAGUUUACAAAGGCCCAAUCCAAAUGUGACUUCAAGUUCCAGAUCUCGUUCAUUGUCGCUCACGUCCCGCUAUAGGGGCCGGUCCCCAACGCAAGGCAGCAGCAGUGUAUUGCGCGAACAACAUGAAGACGAAAACGAAGCUCAUUGCGUCUUGAAAACUGAAACUUUCAUGGUGUUUGAAGACGGCCAUCACAACCAUACAUUGUCAGUUACUCCUUUAGUUUCAGAAAACAACGACGACGACGGAGGUGCCAAAGGCAAAUCCAUGUUCUCUUUGACAGGCUUUUUCAAAAGUCACAAGGACGACGAGAGGCUUGAAAGCGCCCUUUCUUUGCUCCCUCGUACUAGGUUCGAGUUUCACAAAAGGCUCAGCAGAAUAAUGGACGAUGAGCUAAAGGACGAAAACGAUGAAGGCUCAGACAAUAACGAUAAGAAGAGCAGCAUGCCUCAGCCUGUCAAUCCCAACGCAGCAAUUGGAUCCAAAGAACUUGGCAUGAUUAGCAAAAUCUCAAAAAAGAUACAUGACGGAGUUGUGGUGGAGGGUAGCAUGGAUGAGCAGAUUGCCAAGAAAAAUUACACACUCUUCCAGAAGUAUGGUAAGCCCGUUGGCGUCAUCGGUCACGGAGCUUAUGGUGUUGUCAAGGUGUGUUGCAUAGAUAAGUCCAGCGUCACUGAUGAACGUUCUCCUGACGAGACCUUUGUGAAGGGCAACAAGAUGUUUUACGCCGUGAAGAAGUUGAAACCAAAAGCAGACGAGGCGAAGGAGAAGUUUGGGACGAGACUCACUUCGGAGUUUAUCAUUGGUCAUGCUUUAAGCCAGAGAGGCUCAGAGCAGCGGAAAUCUCAUCCGAAUAUUCUUAAAAUGCUCGAUCUGAUGCAAACUCCGGAUGGUUUUGUCGAAGUACUAGAAUUUUGUCCCUCUGGUGACUUAUACAGUUUACUGUCGCGCACUUCGAAGAACGGUGGUUUGCAUGUUCUCGAAGCUGACUGUUUCAUGAAACAACUGCUUCAUGGUGUUCAGUAUAUGCAUGAUCAUGGGAUAGCACAUUGCGAUCUCAAACCAGAAAACUUACUAUUCGACCCACAAGGUGUCUUGAAGAUCUGUGAUUUUGGUACUAGCUGCGUGUUCCAGACUGCCUGGGAAAAACAGGUGCAUUUCCAGACCGGUGCUAUUGGCUCUGAGCCAUACGUCGCACCAGAGGAGUUCAUUGCACAACGAGAAUAUGAUCCGAGGUAUGUGGACUGUUGGAGUUGCGGUGUCAUUUACUGCACAAUGGUUCUCGGACACUACCUCUGGAAAAUACCACUGGUUGAUAAAGAUCCCGUGUACGCCACCUUUGUUGAAGAAAUGCGCACGAAGCGAGAAUUCAGUGUUUUUGAAGACAUGAGACAUGUUUCGCCCGAAGUCGGUCGCUGUCGUAGGCUAUGCCUGUAUGCGAUAUUCCAGUGGAACCCUGAAAAACGAACAAGUGUUGAGAAGUUGCUGCACAGUAACUGGAUGAAGAGGACGUGGUGUUGCGUGCCAUAUAGAGGCCUCAAAGCGAUUCACUGA